GUUACAGACGAACAUUUGCCCUUCUCUUCUUCUGCUUCCUCUACGGCCGGCGUCCUCUCCCGACACGAUGCGCCAUGCGACCUCCAAGGCGGCCGGGAAGGAGAAGGGCAGGAGGAAGGGCGGCGGCGGCGGCGCCAGCGCCGGAGAGGAUCUUCUCACCGACCGCGUCCUCUCCCUCCGCGCCCGCCUCAACGACGCCAUCUCCCUCGGCCUCGCCAGGUCUAAUGGCCACGGUGCAAAGAAAUGGCAGUCUACUGGUGCUGGAAUUCAAUCUCUCGCGCUCAAAGCAGUGGCUCCUUUUCUUAGUUGUUUGUCGAAUGAAAUGUUGCGGCUUCCUCCUAUAAAGGAGUCAGUUUCAGAUAUUGUCGUGCUCUUGGAGGGUGCUCUUCAAACAAAGAAUGUUUCGAUCGUGAUCCAAGCGGCAGAUGUGAGCUUAAAGUUAGUUUCCAGCGUAGGCAAUUCAGUUUGCCAAUACCCAGUUGUGGAGAUUGUUAGGGCUCUUUCAUGCCACUUAUUGCAAGGGCAAUGAAGUUGUGAAAAAAAGCUGUGCGGUUGUGACCACUUUAUUUUUUUUAAAUCAGGAGUCGGUUUCAGA